CAAUAGAGAUCUAAGGGUGGGUGACAGUUUCGGAGAUCGUGAGGAGGCUCUGUCGAAAGAUAUGAGAACAUGAAGGGAACUUUUGUAUUCGAGUGCCUAGCAAUCUUCUCAGUUGUAUUGUUGUUGACGGCAACUUCUCCCGCCAUUUUCUUCUUCCUGUGCGAAUCCGAAUAUCCAAAAAGCAUAUCCACGCCGUGUAGUACUUCUCCAAUGAACUCUACCCAAUCCUCAUUGGACGAAUACCAAUUUCACUAUAGUGUUUCUUUGAAUUGGUUUCAGUCUUUAUAUUCGCUAGUAGUCCCCAAUACUUAACCCAAGAAGCUUCAAAUUGUAAUGGCAUUGGGUUCCAUGGAGAGUCCCCUUUCACCUUCUCAUGUUAUCAUUGCUUAUGAUGCCACCAAGGAUCGGAGUGAGCAUGAGCUUAAACUCACUGUUGAUUCUGUGAGGGUAAGAGGGGAUAUUCUUCGAGGAGGCGAUACGCUUAUUGUGCUCGGAGUUCUUCAUAAGGUGCUUCACCCAUUGGGUUAUCAGCUCAAGGUGGGUCAUGAUUCUUUUGGUACAUCUAGCAAUCGUGCUAUGGAGGAAGACGUUUCAAGGAAAGUUGAAGUGUAUGUAAACAUGCUCUUGAAAAGCGCAGAAGAGUGUGAAGAUGAAGGGGUCAGCAUUGAAGUUAAAAUUACUGCUGGAACUCCCAUGAAGAAGGUUAUUUUGCAAGAAGCUGCAGCCUGCAAUGCAUCUUGGGUCAUUCUUGAUAGGCACCUUAGAAAGGACCUAAAGUUUUUUCUUAAACAAAUACCAUGCAAGGUUGCUAUAAUCCAAGAUAGCUUGUCUUUGGAUGUCUUGAGAUCUCAUCCUGCAGAUGAAGCAGAUGCUAUACUACAUAAGAAUUUUUAUUCCAUAUCCAAGCCUGUACCUUUGAUGAAUUCUGAAGGCAGUGAAGAAAAAAACAUUCAGCAGUCUGUUAUCUCUUGUCAAAGCUACUCAGCAUCCAUUGAUUCCCUGCAAAGCUCAACGAUGCUCAAAGGGAGUGCAAUGCCUUCAUCUGCGUACAGAUCAUGGGAGCAUAGCCUUUCCUCGGAUUUUGGUUCAUCCUCAAAGCAAGACAUAUCAGGUGUGUACACCAAAGUAGAAAACAAAAAUCGUACUGCUCAACUUGUCCCAAAGCAACUUAAAAGCUCCUUCCAAGGAGGAUCCUCAGAAGCACCUAUUCUUUGUGCUGCUUGUGGGAUGAGGAGUGAGUUGUAUAUGAACAAUUCUAUGAAAUUCAGUUUUUCUCAGAUUCAGACCGCAACAGAUGAAUUUUCAAAGGACAACUUGUUAGGGGAAGGUGGAUAUGGCCAUGUCUAUAAGGGGAAGCUUAAAGAGGGGCAACUAAUUGCAGCAAAGGUGCGGAAAGAAGCAAGUACACAGGGUUUUGUUGAAUUUAAUUCUGAGGUUUAUGUAUUGAGCUUUGCUCGCCACAAAAAUAUCGUGAUGCUGCUGGGUUAUUGUUGCAAGGAGAACUUUAACAUUUUGGUUUAUGAGUAUAUUUGCAACAAGUCUCUUUAUUGGCAUUUAUUUGAAAGCAUUCUUGAGUGGCAUCAAAGACUUGCUAUUGCCAUCGGAACAGCAAAAGGUUUGCGUUUUCUGCAUGAGGAAUGUCGUGGAGGUCCUAUAAUUCAUCGUGACAUGCGUCCAAGCAAUAUACUACUCACGCAUGACUUUGUUCCAAUGCUAGGAGACUUUGGCCUUGCGAAAUGGAAGACCACUAAUGAUCCUAUGCAGACAAGAGUACUUGGAACAUUCGGAUACCUUGCUCCAGAAUAUGCAGAGAAUGGUAUUGUUUCUGUAAGAACAGAUGUCUAUUCCUUUGGCAUUGUGCUGUUGCAACUAAUAUCAGGACGAAAGGUAGUGGUUGCAAACAGGGAAGGUCAACAACAAUCUCUGCGCCAAUGGGCAGAGCCACUGAUCGAGAAGCUUGCAUUACAUGAACUUAUUGAUCCUCGUCUGGAAGACUCGUAUGACACUUAUGAAUUAUACCUUAUGGCCAAAGCAGCAUACUUCUGUGUGCAAAGGAGCCCUGAAAUGCGGCCAUCAAUGGGAGAGGUUGUGGGCCUUCUUGAAGGUGAAAAUGAUCGCUACCGCAACCUUGGAGAGCAAUAUAUACCAAAAUUUCCCAAUAGCUGAAGAGUAUGACACAUUUUUUUUAUUUCCAAUUUUAGAAGGUAUUGGUUUAUUUUCAAUCUUUUGGAGCUGCUCCCUUACGUUAUUUCCCUGAACCCCUUGUUAUUUCAUCCUCUCUUGCUUUUUGAUAAAGAAGUUACUCUUCUUUUGAAACUUGAAAAUAAAAUUAAAAUAAAAAAUCCAUGGCUUACAUGGCAAGUGAUUUUGUUUCUGUCUACCAAUCUAAAAAUAAUCAUGCCCCAAUGUUUAUUGGCAGUGCUGAAAACGAUGCCUUUCUCAGUUGCAGAUGUCAGUGUAACACUACUUCUCAAUUUAGUGAGAUGUAUCCAUAUGAUCAUCGAAAAAUUUCUCCAGCUUGAGCCCUUGUGAUGAGAGUUCUGAGUUUGUCAAAGAUUUGUUUCCACUUAGUGUCUGGAUAAUAAGUUGGCAAUUUAAUUGUAGUUCUAUAUAUGCACAUGGAUAUACCUGUGGUUUGCAUGCCUGUUGCUUCUUUAGCAUAUUCUUGAAAGUCCACCCAUUUUCUUCAAUUCACUCAAUCAUAUACGAACUGUUCCUGAUCAAUAUCAUCUGGACUUUGAUAGAUAUAUAUGUGGACCUGUUGAAACCUGUUGCAUGAGAGAGCUUCUACCCAAAUGCGGGAUUAUUUUACCACCGAACUGGUAAAACCUCUAUGAUUUAGUGCCUGGAAAGUGCAAAUACUUCUUAGUGGUCAUCUAGACAUCCAAUGGUACGUUUGCUGGCUCUGGAUUCGCAGCUUAGUGAUCGUUCAAGUUAUAUUCGUUCAUUUAAAGAACUACAUGUACUUGCUUUAGAGUAGAUUAGAAGAUAAAUAUCAUACAUUACAUGGAUAUGAUGGUUGAAUACCUAAAUUUCAGGUGUUUUUCAA